AUGAACACCUUUGUGACUCUCUCGACACGGCAGAGGAUGCCCGUGAUUGGACUCGGCACAUGGAAAAGUACCUCGGGACAGGUGAAGCAGGCGGUGCAUACAGCUUUAGAGUGUGGAUACAGGCACUUUGAUUGUGCUGCUGCUUAUGAGAAUGAAAAGGAGGUUGGAGAGGCUCUGGCUCUCUGGGUGGGUCCAGGAAAGGCUCUGCAGCGUGAAGAAGUGUUUGUGACUUCCAAACUGUGGAACACCAAACACGACCCCCAGGAUGUUGAAGAGGCAUGCAGGACCAGUUUAGCAGAUCUGGGUCUCUCCUACCUGGACCUUUACCUCAUGCACUGGCCCAUUGCAUUUCAGAGGGGGAAGGAACUGAUGCCUCGAAAGGAAGAUGGAAGCAUUUGUUACUCUGACACACACUACAGGGAUACUUGGACUGCCAUGGAGAGCCUUGUAGAUAGAGGGCUAGUCAAGGCUAUAGGUCUGUCCAACUUCAAUGCCAGGCAGACUGAUGACAUCAUAAGCAUGGCCAGACACAAACCUAUAGUAAACCAGGUUGAAUGCCAUCCAUAUUUGUCUCAAGCAGAUCUCCUCUCACACUGUCGCUCAGUGGGAGUUUGUGUGACAGCUUACAGUCCUCUGGGCAGUGGAGACAGACCCUGGGCCUCCGCUAAUGAACCAAGUCUGCUAGCAGAUCCUCGACUGGGAGCCAUAGCCCAAAGAUACAAGAAGACACCGGCCCAGGUUAUACUCCGGUGGCACAUUCAGAGGGGUGUUGUGUGUAUUCCCAAAAGCGUGACGCCUUCCAGAAUCCAGCAGAACUUGAACGUGUUUGACUUUUCCUUGUCAGAAGAGGACACGAAGAGCAUUGAAUCCUUCUAUCACAACAAGCGUUUCAUCGCUCCAACAGUCGAGAGAGAGAGUGUGGAGAGAUGCUGAACAUCCUCAUUUCCCCUUCCAUGAUGCUUACUGAGUCUC